AUGGAGCCAGCUUCUCACCCCUCCCUGGCAGAGCUAGACAUGGCCCAGCUUGUCAUCAUGGGCCUUGCCACUAUCAUGACGCUGCUGUCGGUUGCAAUCUUCGUGGAAGAGGCUUUCUACCUCACCCGCAAGAUCCACUGCCCCAUCAAGAUGAGGACCCUCCGCUGGAGCAGCUCAGCCCCAACGGUUGUGUGUGUGGUCAGCUGCUUCGGGCUGUGGAUCCCACGCUCUAUGAUGGUGGUGGAGAUGGCUACCACAGCGUACUUUGCCACCUGCUUCUACCUCAUGAUGCAGGUCAUGGUGGAGGGCUUUGGGGGGAAGGAGGCGGUGCUCAGCGCUCUGAAGGACGUGCCCAUGGUGGUCAGCACUGGGCCCUGCUGCUGUUGCUGCCCCUGCCUGCCCCGAAUCACUAUGAGCAGGAGAAAGCUCCAGCUGCUGAUAUUCGGGACUUUCCAGUAUGCCUUCUGCAGGGCUGUGGCCGUCUUCCUGGGGCUGGUCCUGGCCACCGACGGGAACUACAACCCUGCUGAUAUCUCGGCAGAAAGCGUGGCUCUCUGGAUCAACACGGUGGUCGGUGCCUCCACUCUCUUCGGGCUGUGGGCCCUGGGCAUCCUCUUCCGGCAGGCCCGGCUGCACCUCGCCGAGCAGAACAUCAAGGCCAAGUUCUUCUCCUUCCAGAUCCUCCUCGUCCUGACGGCACUGCAGCCCGCCAUCUUCAGCAUUCUGGCCAACAACGGCAACAUUGCCUGCUCGCCGCCCUUCUCCUCCAAGGCCAGGUCACAGCAGAUGAACAUGCAGCUGUUGAUCCCGCAGACCUUCAUCCUGGCAGUGGUGACGCGGAUAUACUACCGCAAGGAGGACGACAAGCCGGGCUACCAGCCCAUCUGCUUCCCUCCCUCAAGCACUGAUGUCAAGGCGUGA